GACAUGUUUGUUCAAAUACACAGACGGAACCAACAGAGAGCAUCUUAAACAGGGAAGAGAGAAACACAACACAGCAACCACUCGUUAGGAAACAUCGGUUUUUAUACCCCAAAAAUUUCAAAGGGUCACGUGGGCGGGCCUCGUGACCUGCCGUCAUGUGACCUGCCAUCUUUAUUAUUCACUGCUGGUCGCUGCAGUCAGUCACAUGAAGUUCAAGAGGCAGAGACAGACAGGUGAAACAAACGGACGGACAGACAGAAAGAUGCAGGUGGUGGUUGUGUUGUGUUACUUCCUGUCCUCCCUGCUGGCUGUCUGGGCGGCGCCGGCUGCAGAUGAGGUGAAGUUCCUCCCCGGGCUGCAGAAACAGCCAAGCUUCAAACACUUCUCUGGAUACCUGAACGUAGCCAACGGGAAACAUCUGCACUACUGGUUCGUGGAGUCCCAGAAGGACCCGUCCUCCGACCCCCUGGUGUUGUGGUUGAAUGGCGGCCCGGGCUGCAGCUCUCUGGACGGACUGCUGACUGAACACGGACCCUACCUGAUCCAGGAUGAUGGAGCGACGCUGCAGUACAACCCGUACUCCUGGAACAAGAUUGCCAACGUGUUGUACCUGGAGUCUCCAGCAGGAGUCGGCUUCUCGUACUCGGACGAUAAGAACUACGUCACCAACGACACCGAGGUGUCGAUGAACAACUACCUGGCUCUGAAGGAGUUCUUCCGUCUGUUUCCAGAGUUCAGUAAGAACAAGCUCUUCCUGACGGGUGAGAGUUACGGGGGAAUCUACAUCCCGACGCUCGCCGAGAGGGUGAUGGAGGACUCCGCCCUCAACCUGCAGGGCAUUGCCGUGGGGAACGGGAUGUCGAGCUACGAGAUGAACGACAACUCUCUGGUUUACUUCGCCUACUACCACGGCCUGCUGGGGGGGAAUCUGUGGAGCACGCUGCAGGCGUUCUGCUGCAGCGACGGCAAGUGCAACUUCUACAGCACCAAGAACCAGAACUGCUCCGCCGCUAUCGCUGAGGUUCAGGUCAUCGUUUACAGUUCAGGACUCAACAUUUACAACCUGUACGCUCCCUGUCCAGGUGGAGUCCAGAGACUCAGUAUUGAAAAAGGGCAGAUGGUGAUCAGAGAUUUGGGAAACUCGUUCAUCAACCAUCAGUCGACUCAGCUGUGGAGCCAGAAGUUACGAGGUCUGGCAUCUCUUCACCUGUCUGUGAGGCUGGACCCUCCCUGCACCAACUCCACCCCCUCCUCCCUAUACCUGAACAACCAGUACGUCAAAACUGCUCUGCACAUCAGCCCCAAGGCUCUGGACUGGGCCAUCUGCAGCUCCGAGGUGAAUCUGAACUACGGCCGUCUCUACAUGGACGUCAGGCAGCAGUACCUGAAGCUGCUCUCUGCACUGAAGUACCGUGUCCUGGUGUACAACGGGGACGUGGACAUGGCCUGUAACUUCAUGGGGGAUGAGUGGUUUGUGGAGUCUCUGCAGCAACAGGUGGAGGUGCAGAGGCGUCCCUGGAUCUAUGACGACUUGGACGGUCGGCAGGUCGGAGGCUUUGUGAAAGAGUUCGACAACAUCGCCUUCCUGACUGUGAAGGGUUCUGGUCACAUGGUUCCCUCAGAUAAACCAAUCGCUGCCUUCGCCAUGUUCUCCAGAUUCAUCAAGAGGCAGCCCUACUGACCUCUGUGACCUCUCUGUGACCUCCGCUCUGUGUUCUGAUUGGGCACUCCGGGCUGCCGUACUUCCAUUUGUGUUUGUUUAUUUUUUCUUAUUGUCACUGCCAGCCAAUCAGCUGCCGUUUGAAUGAAUAAUAUGAAACGUCUCCAACCAAUCACAGCGCUCCUCUCGACCGUUGCCAUGGAAACUGCCUUCUGUGUGUGUGAUGUUUGAAUGUGAAGCUUGUUUUUGAAUAAAGGGAAAACCAGUAAAUAAA